AUGUCUCCUCCAAGCUCCAUCCCUACCCGAAAGCUGGGCAAGAACGGUCCUCAGGUUCCGGCCAUUGGCCUCGGCUUGAUGGGACUUAGUAUCUUCUACGGCCCUGUAGCCUCGGAAGAAGAAAGGCUGGCUUUCUUGGACAAGGCGUACGAACUUGGUCAGACGAACUGGGACUCUUCCGACUUCUACGGUGAUAAUGAAGACCUGUUGGGCAAGUGGUUCGCCCGCAACCCCGACAAACGCCCCCACAUUUUCCUCGCCACCAAAUUCGGCUUCGUCGCUCAACCCGGUGGACCGCCAAAGAUUGACUCCUCUCCCGCCUACGUCCGGACCGCACUGGAGAAAUCUCUACAGCGCCUGGGCCUCCCCUCCGUCGACCUUUACUACUGCCACCGCCUCGACGGCGUCACCCCGGUCGAGAAGACGAUGCAGGCCCUCGUCGAGCUGAAGAACGAAGGCAAGAUCAAGUACAUCGGCCUCAGCGAGUGCAGUGCCGCGUCCCUCCGCCGCGCCUGCGCCGUCGCGCACGUCGACGCCGUGCAGAUCGAGUACUCGCCCUUCUCGCUCGACAUCGAGGACCCGCGCAUCGGCCUGCUCGCCGCCUGCCGCGAGCUGGGCGUCGCGACCGUCGCGUACAGCCCGCUCGGCCGCGGCAUGCUGAGCGGCAAGAUCCGCUCGCCCGACAGCCUAGAGGCCGGCGACCUGCGCCGCAUGCUGCCCCGCUUCACGGCUGAGAACUGGCCGAAGAAUUUGGCGCUUGUGGACAAGAUCGAGCAGCUGGCGCAGGAGAAGGGGGUUACGGCGACGCAGUUGACCCUUGCGUGGCUUUUGGCGCAGGGAGAUGAUAUCAUUCCGAUUCCCGGGACGACGAAGGUGGACAGGGUCAUGGAGAACUUGGAGGCUGCGAAGGUGGUCUUGACGAAGGAGGACGUGGAGAGGGUGAGGAAGGCGUGUGAUGAGGCCACUAUACACGGUGGAAGGUACCCGGAUGCUAUGGCGGCGAUGAUGUUUAUCGAUACGCCAGAGCUGUAA